AUGACCCUUUCAUCCAUAUCCCAUUUGCCUAAAAUACGCAGGGAAAUAACAAAAUUGACCUCAUUUCUUUGCAUAAACAAGGAUUCUUAUUUUUCUCGCUCAUUCCAUCAAGACUUUAGUUUACCAUCACACCAAAUUCUCUCAAAAGAUUUAUCACUGUCAAAUAUUCGAAACAUUAGGAACAAAUUACCACAUUCGAAUUUGAAUACUCUCGAGUUCAUUAGAUGCCAUCGAACUGUUAGAAAUGUUGAAGUUGUGAGAUCAGAACGCAUAAACUCCUUACUUGGUCUUGACAAACC